AUGCAGUACUUGCUGGCACUUGGCGGUUUGGUGGUCCUUGUUUCGUCAAUUUUGGCCGCGCUUGGCUUCCGUGGAAGACCGCAGGUGGUUGGCAUUGAUCUGGGGACAACCUUCUCCGUGGUGGCAUUGAAAGCAACAGAUGGGACCAUCUCCAUCAUACCAGACCAUGCUACGGGAAAGCAACUCUUGCCGUCGGUUGUGACAUUCUUGGCGGACGGCAAGGCUGUCGUCGGCGAGAGAGCCGUUACGAAUCGAGGCCAGUAUCCCCAGCACACCAUCUUCAAUGCCAAGCGAUUUAUCGGACGAAGGCUUGGGGAGGUCUCUGCUGAAGCCGCCGACCAUGCAUAUCGCGUGGCGGCGAAUUUCACUGCCGGGUCCCAGGAGCCAAGCGCCGGCAACCUGAGUGGUCCUGCUGGCUUCGCAGUUGAGCUUGCCGCUGGCGAAAGGUGGAUCUCUCCUGUUGAGGUUGGGGCGGAAAUUGUGGCGCACAUGCGGCGCUCAAUUUCCCAUCAUCUGGGUUUCGACAUCUCGCGAGUAGUGAUCUGCGUCCCUGCCAAAUUCGGUGUCCCGGAAACCAAGGCAACGCAGGAGGCCUUCGAGCGGGCCGGCAUGAAGGUCAUGCGGAUUCUCGAGGAGCCAACUGCAGCAGCGGUGGCCUACAAUUUGCACCAAGGUGAGGGUGUGAGGCAUGUGCUUGUUUACGAUAUUGGGGGUGGCACCUUGGACACCUCCCUGCUUUACAUGAACGGGAACGCGGUGAGCGUUCUCAGCGUCUCCGGGGACGACCACCUGGGCGGCUCGGACUUCGACACCCAGAUGCGGCGGUUGCUGGAGUCGAAGUUGGAGCGCCAAGAAGCAUCGGUGUCGUCGGCUGGCGUGGCGAAGGAGAGGUGUGACAGCUCGGGACUCCACAUCCUGGCAGAAGCUGUCAAGAUCAGGUUAAGCAAUGCGAGCAAAGCAGAAACGAUCUGUCGUGACAGUGACGGAAUCGACCGGGUGCUGGUCGUCACUCGCACAGAGUUUGAGGAGGCUGCGGCAGAGCUUUUCGGGCGAGCCAUGGCGCCAGUGCAGAAAGUCCUGGAGGACCAGAUGAUGACAGCGGCCCAUAUUGACGAUGUCGUACUCGUUGGUGGAGCAUCUCGAAUGCCAAAGCUGCGCGAGCUGUUGCAAGAGUUCUUCGGGCCGACAAAGCGGCUCCACACUGAAAUUGACCCAGACAUCACCGUCGCUUGGG